AGAAAAAAAUAUAUUGUUUUAUUUUGUUUAGUUAUGCUUUUGUUAUUGAAAAUGACUCUUUUAUUUCUAUUUCAAUCCUUUUUUAACCAUCAAACAUUAAUUACUUGUAUUAUUUUUUUUAUUACUGUUAAAUUUCUAUAGAAGUAAUUUCUAUCAUAAGUGGUAGGUAACGUGCAAUAUCCAAGCAAGACAAGUCUAGGUAGGAAUUUGUCGCUUCUUUCUUUUUCAUAUCUGCUGUCCCAGUGGUUAUCUGCCACACUACCAUAGUGACCCAGUCCCUCCUGAAGUUUCUCGGCUAUUUCGUUUGUCAAUUUAAAAGGAUCUAUUUUAUUCCUCUGAAAGUCAUAUUUGUUAUGUUAAUGUCAACUGCCUCAACUACGUGAUAAGUUAUAGCCAUUUGGUAUUAGUGACGUGUACGGAUUAUACAAGAAAAAGUAUGCAUAUUAUUAAAUCUAGAUCUAAAAGGUCAUGUCAUGUGUUAGAGAAGGAGAUAAAAAAUAAAAUAGGAAUUUGAGUGUGAUUCCAGACAAAGAUACUUGGGCUUUUUGUUUUACUACAAAGAUUUCUAUAUAAUUGUUGAUACCAACUGAUAUUACUAAGAAGGUUGGUUGGUUGCUCAAGCCUCUCUGUUAUUCUUGUUUCUAACUUCUGAUAAAAUGAUCAACGGUAAGGAUUAUUAGGUCUCCCAUUUCAUGCCAGUGUGAUUGAGUGGGAGUAGGAGCCGAAAGUCCUUUUGUUUUAUUUUUCUUUUGCUUUUGUCUUUUGCCCUGUUUGCUGCCUUCCACGACUAUGAAAUCAUUGAAAUGUAACCGAAACCCCCCUAAAAAUAAAUGUGAUGACCUAGAAUCCUUUACUGCUCCUCAACGUGACAAAUGGGGUUGAGUUCACAAGCUUCUUGAUCAAGGUCAGAGCACAUGAUGUAGAAAGCAAGUUUUUUCAAUUUCUUGGAUGGAUAGGAAAUUUCUGUGAGCUUUACAAACAGUAUUUUAAUUAGCCGACAUCGUUGGCAAUUUGCCACCGAACUGAGUAAAAAAACAUUGUUUCUGUCAUCCUCGAUGUUCACCCCAAUUAAAAGGACAGUGCAUGUUGUGACUACUCCCCAUUGUCAAUCAUGGAUCCCACUUGUUCUACGAAAUUCAAAUUAUCAACGAAGGAGGAAGGUGCCGGGAAGUUGCACUGACGGGACAUGCAAUGCACAGAUCCGUACCUUGGACUGGGUAAACCUUCACAGGAAAUUUCAAGGUAUGUUUCCUUCGUUGAUAGAUGAGCCGAGAACUUUUAUUAUGUUGGAAAACUGUCUGUAAUACAGCCUUUUCCAGCCCGUGGAACACGAUUCUGCAGUCUGCACUCGGAAGCCAUCUUUCGAGCUAUCCUAAUUAUGGCCCGUUGCUGCUCGAUACCAUCACUACUUCUACCAUGAUCAUAAGAGCCCAGAAGCGGUGGCGCAUAGCAAUCUGUUCCAUCCGCUUCAUGGUUACCCUUACUAAAGAGAUCCAGACUGAACAGAACAGUCAUGAUUCUGUGAUUUUGAAGUCUCCCUUUCACACCGCCCUCAAAGUUGAACCAAGCAGCUCCCACCAUGGUGAAAAUGAACAUUUGCCACGCUCCUUUGACCCCAACAUUGAUCAAUUGACUCUCACAGAAAUUGUGAAAGAAAAAGAUUUAACAGCUCUUCUCAGGCUUGGAGGCGUAGGAAAGAUCGCCACUGCUCUCAAUACUGACCCUGAGAAUGGAAUCUAUGGCAAUGAUCAUGAAGUCAGCAUGCGGCAUGAAAUGUUUGGUGCAAACACUUACCGCAAGCCUCCUCCAAAAGGGUUCUUAUUUUUUGUGCUGGAUGCUUUCAAAGACAGCACCAUUCUCAUCCUACUGGUCUGUGCAGCCCUGUCCCUUGGUUUUGGCAUCAAAACACAUGGAGUGCAGGAAGGCUGGUAUGAAGGGGGAAGCAUUUUCGUAGCAGUCUUUCUAGUGGUGGUUGUCUCUGCCCUCAGUAACUUCAGACAGGAGAGGCAAUUUGAUAAAUUAUCAAAAUUAAGCGACAACAUAAAAGUUGAUGUUCUUAGAGAUGCACGUCGCCACAAGAUCUCCAUCUUUGACAUUGUGGUUGGAGAUGUCAUCUUCCUGAAUAUAGGUGAUCAGAUUCCAGCUGACGGAUUGUUUUUAGACGGACAUUCUUUGCUGAUAAAUGAGUCAAGCAUGACAGGUGAGAGUGAUCCUGUUGAAGUAAACUCCACUGAGAACCCAUUCUUGUUCUCCGGUUCUAAGGUGGUGGAUGGGUAUGGUCGAAUGCUGGUUACAUCUGUUGGCAUGAACACUGCAUGGGGAGAAAUGAUGAGCUCAAUAUCUGGUGAUUCCAAUGAAAGGACUCCAUUACAAGCAAGGCUAGACAAAUUAACCUCUUCUAUUGGUAAGAUAGGCCUUGCAGUUGCUUUUUUAGUUCUUGUAGUCUUGUUAAUCCGUUAUUUUACCGGGAAAACACAAGAUAAGAAUGGAAAAAAAGAAUAUAAUGGUAGCCAAACAGAUUUAGAUGAUGUAUUCAAUGCGGUCGUGCGCAUUGUUGCUGCUGCAGUCACCAUUGUGGUAGUGGCAAUUCCUGAAGGUUUGCCAUUGGCUGUCACACUAACACUUGCUUACUCCAUGAAGAGAAUGAUGGCUGAUCAGGCAAUGGUCAGAAAACUUUCUGCCUGCGAAACAAUGGGUUCAGCAACGGUUAUCUGCACGGAUAAAACUGGUACUUUGACAUUGAAUGAGAUGAAAGUGUCCAAGUUUUGGCUUGGUCAAGAUUCCAUUGAAGAAGAUUCUACACUUGUAAGUGCAGAAAAUGUUGUUUCAUUAUUACACCAAGGAGUCGGUUUGAACACAACUGGAACCGUCUACAUACCUGCGUCAGGAUCUGGACCUGAAAUUUCUGGCAGUCCAACUGAGAAAGCAAUUCUCUCUUGGGCGAUUUUGCAAUUGGGUAUGGAUGUGGAAAAGCUGAAGAAAGGGUAUAGAAUUCUUCACGUUGAAACCUUCAACUCUGACAAGAAACGGAGUGGGGUUGCAAUAAGGAAAAGUGUCGAUAACACCAUCCAUGUGCACUGGAAAGGAGCUGCUGAGAUAAUCCUAGCAAUGUGUUCCAGCUAUUGUGAAAGUAGUGGGACUAUGAAGUCCCUAGAUAGAGAUAGGGUUAAGAUCGAGAAAAUAAUCCAAGGCAUGGCAGCUAGUAGCCUCCGAUGUAUUGCUUUCGCUCACAAGGAAAUAUCAGAAGAAGAGAUGGGAUGCCACAAGGACGAAAGCAAGCACCAACUACAAAAAGAAGGCUUAACCUUGCUAGGGAUAGUUGGUCUCAAGGAUCCAUGCCGACCAGGUGUCAAGAAGGCGGUGGAAACUUGCAGACUCGCUGGAGUGGACAUCAAAAUGAUCACAGGAGACAAUGUUUUCACAGCAAAAGCUAUAGCUACAGAAUGCGGUAUACUAGACCCUAAUCACCAAGUAAAUGGUAACGAAGUGGUAAGUGGUGCUGAGUUUCGAAAUUAUACGCACGAAGAGAGAAUGGAGAAAGUCGAAAUGAUCCGUGUGAUGGCAAGGUCAUCCCCAUUUGACAAGCUUCUGAUGGUACAGUGCUUGAAACGAAAAGGCCAUGUGGUUGCAGUCACCGGAGAUGGCACGAAUGAUGCGCCAGCAUUGAAAGAAGCUGAUGUAGGGCUUUCCAUGGGCAUUCAAGGUACCGAAGUGGCAAAGGAGAGCUCGGAUAUUGUUAUCUUGGAUGAUGACUUCACUUCUGUUGCCACGGUUUUACGUUGGGGACGAUGUGUUUAUAAUAACAUCCAGAAGUUCAUCCAGUUUCAAUUGACAGUGAAUGUGGCAGCUCUUGUUAUAAACUUUAUUGCAGCGGUUUCUGCUGGAAAGGUUCCCCUAACAGCAGUCCAGUUGUUGUGGGUAAAUCUCAUCAUGGACACACUAGGAGCUUUGGCUCUUGCUACAGAGCGGCCUACUGAUGAGCUAAUGCAGAGGUCCCCUGUCGGUCGAACAGCGCCUCUAAUUACAAAUAUCAUGUGGAGAAACCUCUUAGCCCAAGCCUUGUUCCAAAUAUCAGUCCUCUUGACUUUCCAGUUCAAGGGUGAGUCUAUAUUCAAUGUUAACGAAGAGGUAAAGGAUACACUUAUUUUCAAUACAUUUGUUCUCUGCCAAGUUUUUAACGAGUUCAAUUCAAGAAGCAUGGAAAAGCAGAAUGUUUUCAAGGGAAUUCAUAAAAACCGUUUAUUUCUUGGAAUUGUGGGAAUUACAAUUAUUCUUCAAGUUGUUAUGGUGGAAUUUCUAAAGAAGUUUGCAAAUACAGUGAGAUUAAAUGGGUUGCAGUGGGGAGUUUGCAUUGGAAUUGCAGCUCUAUCUUGGCCAAUUGGUUGGAUGGUGAAGUUAAUAACUGUUCCAGAUAAACCGUUCCUCAAUUCCGUUAAGAGAGCAGAAGCGAGGAUCAAGAGGAUAUUGCGGUUGUUUAAUCAAAUGGGACCCUCUUCCUGUAGGCUUGGAACUGGAUGUGGGGGAAAGGUGAGGACCUAAAGCACAACAUGCGCAAGUUGCUUCUUUAAGUGGCUUUGUAGAAUUUCAACAUUUUCUAGUUCUUUUCUUCUUUUACGUAGUUGGCAUAAUAUUAGAGUUAUGCUAUACACUUUCAUCCCAUCCUCAUUCCACCGUGUUGGCGUGGUAUUAUCCAUCAAUCAUUAAACCAA